AGGGCGAGCGGCACAGCGAGCGGAGCGGCCCAGCGGCGGCUCUAGCCAGGAGGGACAGCAUGCUCCGCGCCCUGCGGGGACAGCGCGGCCAUGAGCACACCCCUCACGACCCCUCCUCCCCCCGUUACCGAGCUCCGCCGCCCCUAACGGCCCCCAACGGUCCCCAACGGCCACCAACCGUCCCCAACCGGCGCGGCGGCUCCGCUCCUCGGCAGCAACGCUCACGGACGGGCGGGGGAGACGCAUGCGCACGGCCGGCGGAGAGGGCGCAAAAUGGCGGCGCCCGGCGCGACCUUCCGCCGCCUGCUGCUGCUGCUGCCGCUGCGCCGCCCGUCCCUGCCCGCCGCGUCCUGGCGGCACUACGGGCUGCGGGCGGCUGGCACCGGCGAGCUGGUGACACACACGGGGCAGGUGUAUGAAGAAAAAGAUUACAGGAAAGUUAGAUUUGUUGGACGACAAAAAGAGGUGAACAAGAAUUUUGCAAUUGAUUUAAUAGCAGAGCAGCCUGUGAGUGAAGUUGAAAGCAGAGUGAUAUCAUGCGAUGGUGGUGGUGGAGCUUUGGGACAUCCUAAAGUAUACAUAAACUUGGACAAAGAUACGAAGACUGGGACGUGUGGCUAUUGUGGACUUCAAUUUAAACAGAAACAUCACUGAAAGAUUAUCCCUGCAUGCUUGCAGACUUCUGUUAAGAUGUUAAUGUUUAACUAUAAAUAAACAAUAUAAUUAAAAGCUCAA